AUGCACCCGUUCGCGUCAUACGUUUUGCGCAGCUAUUAUCGUGGAACAGGAUGGAACGAGGAUAACCUAUACGCGAAUCUCACUCGUUCGUCAAAUGCUAUCCUGGAUUUUAGCGUACCCAGAGGACUGCAUUUUUCUAUCUCGAAGUCGCCAAAUCCUCUGUUCAAGACCACAUACUCCAUGAAUGCCCUUCCAUCUCUGAACGGGUCGAUAGGCUACAUAUUCACGUCGUGCGAACUGGACGUGAAAGGCUCCGGGGACGUACGGUUCAAGGACAUGAUAGAUCGCUUCAGGGUGUAUGACCAACCUCGCAGACCAGAGGGGAAAGAGGAAGAGUGGCUUGCGGGCGAGCGAGUCGACACUCGCGACUACCUCCUGUACGGCCGAGUUUAUAUACCAACCGGUCGACUUGAUGCCCUCUACUCCACGAGGUUAUCUCCCACUUUGCAGGCCAUGGUAGCGGCCAUCUCUGACCCACGAUCGAGCCUCUUCGCCGAGUCCCCUCGUGGUAUCGCUGCACCUUCGAGCAAUAUUAUGUUCAGCCUACAGCACGACACAGGAAAAUGGUGCACGGAGUAUACAUGGAGCGCUGAGGACGGGAUGUGGGGAGUCCGGUGUCUCCACAACUUUGGGAAGGUAGGAGGCCCGAGCGAACCUGUCGAAGACAGCGAAAAGUCUACAGCGGCUCCUACCAAGACACGCUCCGGGGUGAAGAGAAUUGACGAGGAGGAUGCCAUGGAGGGCGGCCUGAAAGGUCGAAUAUCGGCAGGUGCUGAGUUUUAUUUCAGCGCCAAAGAGAAAAGUGCAGGAGUUUCGACGGGGAUUCGCUUCACGACACUCCCUGAUGCGACGCCACCGUCAUUCCAGCUGCCAUCGUCUUCUCCAACCCAGCCGUCAUUAUUAGCCCACGGUGCCCCGUCACAACCACCAACCACUAUCACCGCUCUCUUCAAUCCGAUGCUCGGCCAUAUGUCUGGUGCAUACUCCGCCCGCGUUUCCCGUGAUCUGUCCAUGAGCUCGCGCUUCGACUUCAAUGUCUACAGCUACGAGAGCGAAUGGUCAAUAGGAGCAGAGUGGUGGACGCGCCGCGGCAGGGGCAUGUUCACGUCAAAUCCCCCGGCCGCAGAUACGUCAGAAAAAACCCCGAGCUCACCUCCCGCUCUCGAAGCUGUCGGCGAUGUGACGGGCGUUGUGAAAGCACGGGCGUCCACAACGACAGAUUUCUCACUAAUGUGGGAAGGACGCCUACACAACAUGCUGGUCAGUCUGGGAAUUGUUUCGAACCUGACGAGCAGGUCAAAACCCAUCAAAGCGAUUGGACUCGAACUUUCGUACUUCAGUUCAGGUUAG